GGUUGAAGUUUAUCUCUCUGGUUCAGAGGUCAUGUCGUCUGCAAUGAAACUGCUGUUCAGCUGCUUGCUGCUGCUGCCAUAUCAAUGUGAAGGAAAAUCCAUGUUGAACCUCCUAAAACAGGGAGAUGUUGCUUCAGUAAGUGUCAACUCCAACAAGGCAAAUGAUUUCCUGUCCAACUCUCGACCCAAACGCAACGUGGAUCCAAACUGGUACAGACAGACUCCAGACUUCCAGGCGUAUUACAGAUACUACAGCAGCAUCGGACACACAGAGGGAUUAUAUGAGAUCGACAGGAUCAGGAUGAUAUAUCAGCAGAUGAGACAGCUGGAACAGGUUUACGGUCCAAACGCCUCUUACUACCAGAGCAAACUGGGCAUCCCAGUCCUGCCUCCGCUUCCCAAAUGUGACCCCGCCAAAGACAAGUCGUGCAAACCGCCUCCUCCCGAGAGAGCACUACCUGCUCCCGCCCCUGUCAAAGCCCCCGCGCCCCCACCCAUCUCUCAGGCCGACGUCAUCUACCUCUGCAACAGCAAAGACCCCCUGUGUAAGCCGCACAUCGUCUACAUGCCCACCGGUGCCGUGCCAGUGCUGUGUGACCCGAGAUACCAUUCCAACUGCAAACUGCAGGGACCACCGCCUCCUCCACCCGUCAUCAAAAAAUCUGAGCCUCUCCCGCCCGCUCCUAUGACGUUUAAGGGGAUGGAAUUCGACUGUGACCCGUACUGGGAUCCAGACUGCCUCAUCGACCACCCGCCACGCUCUGUGAAGGGUAAAGCUCCGCCCCCAGCACCUGUGAUGGAAGAGGAGGAAGAGGAGGAGGAGGAGGAACCAGCUCCACCACUGCCCAUCGCUAAGAAACACCCACACCCGUACUACCUUUACCCCUACAACUACCAGUCAGAACUCUAUGACCCGUACCGAUACCCCAUUGCGUCUGCAGACACAGCGGCCGACAGCGCAUAAAACACACACGCACACACUGCUGAGAAAACUGCAUACAAACUGUUAUGUGUGUG